UUGACGUUGGCGCACCACUAGCAACAUUUUUUAUCACACUCGAAAAUCGUGGAUUUGUGAGCGCGCGUGUUCACGUUGGUGUGGUGCUGUGUAACCGUGUAUUUCGGUCGAUAAAACAAUCAUGGGUGUCCCAGCUGGAAACGCUGAAAAUGGAAAGAAGAUCUUUGUGCAGAGAUGCGCUCAAUGCCACACCGUUGAAGCUGGUGGCAAACACAAAGUAGGACCAAAUCUACAUGGCUUCUUUGGCCGAAAGACUGGUCAAGCCCCUGGAUUCUCAUACUCAGAGGCCAACAAAGCUAAAGGUAUCACUUGGGGUGAGGACACUCUCUUCGUGUACCUGGAGAACCCCAAAAAAUACAUCCCUGGAACAAAGAUGGUGUUUGCCGGUCUCAAGAAGGCCAACGAGCGUGCGGAUCUUAUUGCCUACUUAAAGGAAGCCACCAAGUAAAAGCAAUAGUUUGCCUAGGAAAUUUAAACAUGAAAUGUGCAUUCCAUGAAAUGGAAUGCGUAUUUUUAGCCCAAUCAGUAUCGUUGUAAUAUUUAUUUUAUUCUUAGUUUCAAAGAAAUAUCUGUGUUACUAAUCACUACCGUUUUCAUAGUUAAGCGAUGUAUGUUGGUGUUUACAUGUUUUAAUGUAUGACAAAAUUAUUUGAAUGACAUUGUUGUGUAUAGAAAUAAAUUAAAUAACAGAUCCAAGAACUUUUUCAUUUUAUAAAAACGUACACCUAUACACUGUUUUAUAAAUUAAUCCAAUACAUUGCUAUGUAAGAAUGAAAAUGUUACCAAUAAAUAUACUUAUAUUAAUAAGUAAUAAAUAGAUUUUUUGGAUU